AUGAAUUCGAGAGGAGAAAAUUUGCAUACAAAAGGCUUGAUGCCUAAAGAGAUUCGUGAAGAUAAGGAGCGUAGGUAUUGGGAGUGCAGCCCUGAGUCCGGUACUUAUAUCAACCAAAUCGCGGAGAGAAUAGUGUACAAUGGGGGUUUUGGUCUCAUCAUUGAUUAUGGACACGAUGGCUCGCGUAAUGAAUUCUCAUUUCGAGCGUAUAGUAAACAUCAGUUGGUGAAUCCGUUAAGCGAACCAGGAUCCAUCGAUUUAACUGCUGACGUUGAUUUCGGGUAUCUCAAGUCUUUGAUAGUUGACCGUACGGCAGUGUUCGGUCCUAACACGCAACGCGAGUUUCUGGCACAGUUGGGAGCGGGACUACGCCUGCGAAGGCUGUUGAAAUCAUGCAGCGAUAGAGAAAAGCAAGAAUAUCUGAUAAGUAAGUUUUAGCA